AUGGUGGGACUUACUACGGGCGCGCCAACGGCCGCGCUUAUGAAGCUUGCGCAGGAGCGUUCCAGCAAGACCCUGGAAUCAACGCAGCCGAGAUACGAGCGCAUCGGGCACUUGUUGACUACGUUGCGUGGUCCCAUUGAAUAUUGCAACCGUGUUCCCAUCUCCGUCCAUCUUUCCGACGUCUACGGCAAGACCAAGCUCGGUGAUGUCUACGACAUUCACAGCGGUAUGCGUCCCAUCAAGCAUGCCGAGUUUGAAGAGCUUAGAGCUUGCACAAAUGGUCCCAAAGCGGAUCUGCCAACGAUCUCCAUUGCCGGGUGGUGCAAAACCGUACGUAUGCAGAAUGCCGGGAAGCUGGGGUUCGUCAUCAUCAACGACGGCAGCUGCAAGGCCGAUCUGCAGAUCAUUGUGCACGAGGGAGCUAUUGGGCAUGAUGUCGUCAGCAAGUGCACCGCUGGUACAACGGCCAGCGUAAAGGGGAUCUUGGUAGAGAGGCCGCCAAAGGCAGGAACCAGCGAGGGCACGCCGAUGGAGGAAAAGCUUGAAGCUGUCGCACAGAAAUACGAAGUGCACGUGUGUUCAUUCGAGGGACAUCGUUUUGAAAUCAUCGGUGAGAAUCGCAACGCCGCCAAAUACCCCAUUGCGAAAAAGUACAUCACGCAAGAAUUCCUGCGUGAGGUCGCCCACCUGAGGCCCAGGAGCUAUUUCAUCAGUGCUGUGAUGAGAGUGAGGAGCGCGCUGGCAAUGGCCACGCACACGUACUUCCAGAGAUUGGGGUGCAUUUACCUUAGCACGCCACUUAUCACUACCACGGAUUGUGAAGGCGCCGGUGAGCUCUUCCAGGUCACCACCAUGCUGGAAGGUUGCCGUACCUUGGGUGACCUGUCGAAAAGGAUGAUGGCCGGUGAUGCGCAAAAAGCGAAGACUUUAGAGGAGAUGGAGCUUGAUUUUAAAAAGGACUUCUUCAAGCGCAAGGCCUUCCUCACCUGCAGUGGGCAGCUGUCGGCUGAGAACUACACGUGCUCUAUGGGCAAGGUGUACACGUUCGGACCCGCGUUCCGUGCGGAACACAGCCACACUUACAGGCACUUGGCGGAGUUCUGGAUGGUAGAGCCUGAGAUUGACUUCUGUGACCUCCCGAAAAACAUGGAAAUAGCGGAGGAGUAUAUUAAAUUCUCCAUUCAGUAUGCGUUGGACCACUGUCUGGAUGAUCUGAUGUACCUGGAAAGCAUCGGGGAGGCUGGGCUCAUCGAAAAUCUACGCUCGUUCGUACGCGAUAAAUUUGCGCGCAUUACUUACACUGAUGUCAUCGAUAUUUUGAUGCAGCACGAGGCUGACUUCCAGGCCGGUUUAGUAGAGGGGGGCAAUGCAACAAAACGUGAAGAUGGUGCUGAGCCCCAAAAAACGGCCUUUGAAAACCCCGUAUACUGGGGAGUCGACCUGUCCAGUGAGCAUGAGCGAUUCAUUGCCGAAGUCGUCUUCAAAAAGCCGACCAUCAUCUACAACUACCCCUCUAAAAUCAAGGCGUUCUACAUGCGCAGGAACGAUGAUGGGAAAACGUGCGCAGCUAUGGACGUCAUCGUUCCGCAGUUCGGUGAACUUGUCGGCGGGUCACAGCGUGAAGAGAGGCCAGAGGUGCUUGAAGCUUCCAUCAAAGAGAACGGCCUUAACGCGGAGGACUACUCCUGGUACAUGGAUUUGCGCACCUACGGUUCGAUUCCUCACUCAGGUUUCGGGCUCGGAUUCGAGAGGCUUGUCAUGCUUGUCACGGGAGUGGCAAACAUCAGGGAUGCGAUUCCUUUCCCUCGUUACGUAGGGAAGGCCGAUUUCUAA